AUGGCCACUUUCGCGCGCAUUGCAGACGACGAGAUGCCGUCCAUAUCCGUGGAUGCGCGGGCCAUAGUCGCCGACGUUGACGAUAACAUCUAUGGCGGCUUUACUGAGCACAUAGGCCGGUGCAUCUACGGCGGCAUCUACGACCCAGGCAACGCGCUGGCCGACGAAAACGGCUUCCGCAAGGAUGUCAUUGAAGCGCUCCAGGAGCUCAGAGUCCCCGUCGUUCGCUACCCCGGCGGCAACUUUGUCGCCACAUAUCACUGGCUUGAUGGCGUUGGUCCUAAAGCCGACCGGCCAAAGAGGCCUGAGCUGGCGUGGGACGGCAUGGAGUCGAAUCAAUUUGGCACAGACGAGUUUCUGAAGUGGUGCGAGGUCGUCGGGACUGAGCCGUACUUCUGUCUCAAUUUUGGGACAGGCACACUGGAUGAAGCCCUCGGCUGGAUCGAGUACUGCAACAGCAACAAAGACACACACUACGCAAACCUGCGCAGGAAACAUGGUCGCAAAGAGCCCUACAAUGUCAAGUACUGGGCUCUGGGCAACGAGGUCUGGGGCCCCUGGCAGGUCGAGCAGAUGACCAAGGAGGACUACGCCAAGAAGGCGUACCAGUGGGCCAAGGCCAUCAAGCUGCUCGACCCCUCCGUCAAGCUCAUCCUCUGCGGCGAGACGGGCUACAGCUCGUGGGACUUUCACGUCAUCAAGGAGUGCAUCAAGCUGGACCUGCACGGCCUGGGCGGCAGCACCACCGUCGGGCUCAUUGACAUGCACAGCAUCCACAUCUACACGGCCAGCUCCGACCACGCCAAGAACGCCACCGCGCCCCGGGCUGCGGAACGCGCGAUCGAAAUCACCGCCGGCUUAAUCGACCUCGCGCGCGCCGAGAACCACGUCCCGCCCACCGUCCCGCGCCAAAAGAUCUGCUUCGACGAGUGGAAUGUCUGGGACCCCGUGCGUGCGCCGGGCGAACAGGGCGCAGAGGAGCGGUACACGCUCUCCGACGCGCUCGCCGUCGGCGUCUGGCUCAACGUCUUUGUGCGCCAGGCCAAGCACGUGGGCAUGGCCAACAUCGCGCAGUCGGUCAACGUCAUCUCGCCGCUGAUGACCACGAGCAAGGGCGUCGUCAAGCAGACCACGUGGUGGCCGCUGCUUCUGUUCAGCAAGUACAUGCGUGGCAGGACCGUGGCGGUCAACGUGCGGUCGGGCGAGUACCAGGGCGACACCGAGCCGGCUUGGAUUCGCGGCACGAUGGACACGCCGUGGCUUGAUGUGAGCGCCGUGCUGGACAAUGGUGUCGUUAAUCUUGCCGUCGUCAAUGUACACGAGCAGCGGGACUUUGUGACCGAGUUGGCCGGCGUUGAAGCUUCCGGGAAGGUUGAGGUGUAUGCAGUCACUGGACCUGGCGUCGAUGCCGUCAACACGGAGGAGAAGCAGGAGGUUGGCAUCUCGGAGUCGACCUGGGAUGCCGUCUAUGCCAGCGCCAGGGAUGCCCUCCGCGGGGGAAAGUAUGGCACCCUUGGUAGCCCUGCCGCAUUCAAGGAAUCAGCGUUUUACCUCUGGUUCAAAACAAUAAACCACCACUUCAUCGAGAUCGAGUCCACGAGGACGCCCGUCCCGCAAUUGGUGCCGCAGGCGAGCGGGCUCGUCCUGGAGCUUGGCCCUGGCAUGGGCAACCAGCUCCGCCGCUUCGACAAGGCCAAGGUAACGCGCGUCGUAGGCGUAGAGAGCAACGCACAUUUCGCACCGGACAUUCUCCUCCAGGUCAAGGAGCAAGGGCUGGAGGACGUGUAUGAGCUCCUCACCUGCAGCGUGGACGACAGCAACGCGCUCGAACGCCACGGCAUCGUCGCCGGAAGCCUCGACACCGUGCUGAGCAUCCAAGUGCUGUGCUCGGUGCCGCAUCCCGAGGCGACGCUCAAGGAGCUGUACCGGCUGCUCAAGCCGGGGGGCAAGCUCAUCUUCUGGGAGCACCACCGCAGCUCGGACUGGGUCACGGUCGUCAUGCAGUAUUUAUGGAAUCCAAUCUGGAGCCAGUUCAUCGGCUGCCACAUGACGCGCGACAUUCCGGCGGCCAUCGCCACGGCGGGGGAGUGGGAGAACCUAGACAGCAUCGACGGGGACAAGCGGACCUGGGCUUUGAUGCCGAGAGCAUGGGGGGUGUUGAUCAAGCCGAGUGCGCCUGCCUGA